AGGUGCCCCUCGGGGGACCCUUUUCCCUCUGGGCGAAGGGCACCGGGAGGCAAGGUUGGAGGGGUAGGCGGAGGGUUGGGGUGGGGGGCCGCCCUUUCCCCGGCUGUCGGUCUCCCAGAGCCCCCUGCCCUCCAGGUGCGGACGCCCCCUCCCACGCGGCGCGGCCGGGCGGGUGGGAAGGAGGGGCUGGGCUCCGAGCGCCCGCCCCUCCAUCUAUCACAUGGCCGGAGAGCCACAAAAACAACGGCUUUGGCCGCGACCGCGACUCCGGGAGAGGGAACCCGGGCCCCCGCGGCCAGCCCCCGCCCAUGGAGGACAGUUUCCUCGAGUCCUUCGGGAGGCUGAGCCUCCGGCAGCAGCCGCGGCGACCGGCCCCGCCGCCCCCGCGCGGGACGCCCCCGCGCCGCCACAGCUUUAGGAAGCACCUCUACCUCCUGCGCGGCCUCCCGGGCUCGGGGAAGACCACGCUGGCCAGGGACGACUGGCGUGAAAAGUGGCCUGGUCUGAAGAUGGUGCCUUUAGAUCCUAUUCGUCGCAAAAUAGCCGGUGACUCGGGGCGAUCACCUAGCUUCUCUGGGAUUUGUUUUCCGUAUCUGUGAACACUAAGAAGGGAUUAGGCUAGUGAUCUAUUUAAGACCCUUCCGGCUCUGUCGUCAGACGUAAAAAUGGUCUGUUAACGAUGGCUAGGCAAACAGCUCUGACCGUGAAGUCCAGGUGGCUGCAGUGCAGGCUCUGCCGCUCCCUAGCUGCCAUCUGUACGCCAUCCCUCUGCCCCUCGCUCUCCUCUCCUGUGAAAUGGGGACAUCUGUUCCGUCUCCUGCAGAGGGCUCGCGUGAAGCUCCAUGCGUGUGGAGACCUUGCUAAACUCUGCAGUGCCAUGUACGGGUGAAGAGGGACCAGUUACUGCUGAAGAUGAUGCGGCGCUGUGAUAAACCUUAAAGGUGCUCCUGGGGAGAAGCCUGGCCCCGAGGCGAGACAGCAGCUGGAAGCCGAGUUCCCCCGUCAGGCUGGGCCUCCGCUGUCCGGGGAGCAGGGGUGCCCGGGCACUGCUGUGGGGGGUGGGGGGUUGUGCU